AUGAUACAGGACACUCUGGCCCUCGCAUCCGUCGGCAACAGCCUCGAGUACUGGUCCCGAUCGCCGCUGCACCCCACCUUGCUACCUGUGGGAGCGUUGGCGCUGGUGCACGCAGCAAGGGUCAGUCAUGCCACUCGUCAGGUCGCCGGUAGUCACAGGUACCGCUUGACCCUAUGGCAGGGAUUCCUCUUGAAUCAGAUCCUCAUGUUUGGAGGUGUCGUGAUCAGCGGAAUGCUUCUGGGUAUUCCAUCGCCGCUGUUGUCGGCUUGGCCUGUCGUGGUGUUGUACGGAGGUGUGCACGUUUUGCUCGAUGCAUCGCCGUUUGGCAAUUUGCUCUUGCAGGCGCAGGAUCUAGGUUCCGUUCGCACGCUCAUGGACCUUUCGUUCGCACUCUUGGACGGCAUCCUUCGAGCAGAAGGUAUCAUUGAUCUGGGUGUCGAGCCUGUUCUGCGACACCCCUCACCAGAAGUCUCAAGCUCGAUCUUCGCCGCUAUCCUCAACGCAGCCAUCAUCGGAGGAGGUGUGCCUCUGCUCAUCGAUCUGCUCAAUCUCGAUUCUCCCACGGGUGAAUGGGGAAUUCGCACACCGGCAUGGGUGAAACACCCGCUCCAAGGCACGAACGACAUCUUCAGCGCGGGUGCUCUCGGAUUCGUAUACCUGUCUCUCACCAGCUCUUCGAUCCCUGCUCAGUUUCCCAUCGUCGCUGCCGUCGUCGACUCGUUGGGUUUGGACAAAUUGAGCAACGGAGAGGUGCGAACGUUCUGCUCGCUCUUGCUGGGUGCCAUGCUGCUCGCCGAGAAAGCGACGCUGCUAUCGAUGACGGCGAGUCCAGCUUCCAAGCCCAAGUCCCGAGCAACUGGUGGCGUGGCAGCCCCAGGCGAAAAAUCGGCUGCUCGCAAGAACACCGCCAGCAACGGCAGCAUCAAGAAUCGCAAACAGGCUGCACGGAAACAGCAGUAG